AACCGGAAGUUGUUGCCCGGCGGAGGAACGGAAAGACCCUGGGCCGGCAGGAUGGGCUCCAGCUCCCUGGUGCAGCAGGAGUACCGCAAAUGUCUGGAGAGGGAUUUCCGAAGGGGCCACUCUGGAGUCUGCACUGACCUGGCCCUGAGGAAGUUGCUGCGGCAGCACCUGCUGGCGGAUCCGGAGCUGCACUACGCCCUGCGGAACGAUGUCUUUGCCACGCUCGCCAGCAGCCUUCGGGGAUGGGAGGCCCUGCCCUUGGCACUCAGGGGGCUGGCCAGGGCCUUUGAGGUCCUUGAGCUGGCAGCUGUCAAUCUGCACCUCCUCCCUUGGCGCAAGGAGUUCAGCACAAUCAAGAUGUUCUCGGGGGUGUACGUGCACUCCCUGCAGGCGGCGCUGUCAGACAGUGACAUCGCAAAGAGCUUCCACAGGAUGGGAUAUGUGAAGAGAGACGACCAUCACCUCGUGGUGUCCCGGCCCCCCCCGGGAGCUGAGCUCGUCCAAGCUGCCUGCGGCUUCUUUGCAGCAAGGGUGGAGUGUGAGAUCCUGGGGGAGAUCCUGUGGCAGCUGGAGCCAUGCCAAGUGUCUGCUGAAGACCUGCUCCGGCUGCGGAGGGGCACCAGGGACCUGGACGGCUGUGUGGAGAAGCUGCGGAGACUUGCAAGAUGGCCGAAAGGCAGAGAGCCCAGAGCCAAGGUGGCUCCUGGCUGUGCUGAAAGCAUUGAUCUCUAUGGGGAGGAGCUGAAAAGCCCAGAGGCUGCGAGCCUGUACGGUGACCCCAUGGGAGCCAGGCUGCAAUCAUCCCUAUGGGGUUUGUCCUCCCAGGAGCUACACAGGCCCCCCAACCUGUGGGGUGAGGCUGUUGGAGGACCUGGUCCUGAGGAUCUCGGGGGAAAUGAGGGAAGGAUCUGGGACAACCGGAGGGCUAGUGAAUCUGGCCAGGAGCAGCCUUAUAGAAAUGGGCCCGACUCAGAGGCUGCCGCCUUCUCUUUUAUCUCCUUAAGAGGGGCGCUUAGCAGGAUCAGUGACUCGGUCUCUCCUGAGAACAUGGGGAGCACGAACCCUUCUCUGAGCUCCCCCUCUGACCCUGCAGUGCUCGAGUCACACGAGGCAGCCAGCUGCCUCAUGCCCCGCUCUGCUGGCAAGGUUAUGCCCUCGGAGUGCAGUGCUGCCAGCUUCUCGCCCAAGCCUGCAGAGAGACCACGGGAGCUGCCGCCUGCUGCCCCAUGGCUAGAGAGCGGCGACAGGGAAGUGCUGGAGUUACCGUGCUACCAGCUGCAUUCAUGCCUGGUCCGAGGUGCUCUCCCCUCCUACUGCUGCGCCACGUGCUGCCUGCUCCACGCCAGCUGCUGUGAUGCCAUGCAGACCUGCAGGAGUAGCCACUGCAUGCAGGAGCUGCAGAGCGAGGAGCGGAAGCGCCUGUGGUUACAGAGGACCGAGGUGGACAUGCUGCUGAACGAAGGCUCUGGGGCUCGGCCCUAGCGACAGGACGAGCUGCCUCCCCAGUGCCUGCAAAUGCUGUGGGAUGUGUCAAUCAAAUCCUACCUCCGGGGGAAGCAUCAGGACUUGCCUGUUGCCACCCGGUUCUGUUCUAGGGGAAGCCUCUGGUGGCGGAGCGGAUUUCCUCCCCCCACCCCGCUACAGCGGUGCUCUGUAGAGACUCGGCCCAGAUCCUCCC